UGUGGUCUGAGCAUCCCCCUCCCCUCCCCCUCCUCUCCCGGUCCGGCCCCCGGCUCUGCUCCAAUCACGGCUCUCCUUACAUCUGGCCGGGGCCGGUGUGGUCACAUGACGGGUGCCGGGGAUGUGAGCGCGACAGGUGUCAGCCGGGGGACGGAGACGAUGGCGGGGGACGAGCUGGCAUCCAGGCUAAACCGGCGACUGCGGAUGGGGGACCCGGAGGACGGAGAGAGGGAGCAGCCCAGUAUGAGGGUCUUCAAUCCCUACACCGAGUUCAAGGAGUUCAGCAGGAAGCAGAUCAAAGACAUGGAGGGGAUGUUCAGACAGUACGAUGCUGGUAAGGACGGCUUCAUAGAUCUGAUGGAGCUGAAGCUGAUGAUGGAGAAGCUUGGAGCGCCGCAAACCCACCUGGGCCUUAAGGACAUGAUUAAAGAAGUAGAUGAAGACUUUGAUGGAAAACUGAGCUUCAGGGAGUUUCUUUUAAUUUUCCGCAAAGCCGCUGCAGGGGAGCUGGAGGAAGACAGCGGGUUGCAUGCUCUCGCCCGACUUUCAGAAAUUGAUGUCUCCAUCGAGGGAGUAAAAGGAGCCAAAAGCUUUUUUGAAGCAAAGGUACAGGCCAUUAAUCAUGGCAGCCGAUUCGAGCAAGAGAUCAAAGCAGAGCAGGAAGAAAAAAAAGAGACAAGCAGAAGAAAAAGAACAGAGGAAAGCUGCUUUCAAGGAGCUACAGUCUGCCUUCAAGCCAUAAACAGAGCUCAAUAUUUUCAUAGCAUGCACAGAGAUAGAGAUAUAUAUAUAUAUAUAUAA